UUUCCGUGACAGAUGCCUGAGAUAUCAUGUCAUGUUGGGUCAAAUUUGUUAGGGACGUAUUAACAGUUUUGUUUGGUUCAAAAUUUUUUGUGUCGAUAUUCAAAUUGUAACUACUUGUGAGAAAGAUUUUGAUGAUAGAUUUUCAGCAUACAUUUUGUUUCAAAGAUGAAACUCUAUAGGCAAAAACUGUUAUCGGAAGUACAGUUGAAAAAACUGGGAGAACAUGAGUAUUCUUGCCAAAGUCAUAGUUUGUUAGAUAAAAUUUUACAACCGUAUUGGAGUUGGCUAGUAUUAAAAGUACCCAUUUGGUUGGCUCCAAAUCUGAUUACUAUCGUAGGCCUUUGUAUUAAUAUUUUUACAUCUUUACUUUUAACAUGGUAUUCACCAGAUGCCAAAAUUGAAGCUCCCAGAUGGGCUUGUGCAUUGUGUGCUUUGGGGUUAUUUAUUUACCAAAGCUUGGAUGCGAUUGAUGGCAAACAAGCUAGGAGAACAAAUUCUUCAAAUCCACUUGGGGAACUUUUUGACCAUGGAUGUGACUCAAUAUCCACUGUUUUUGUAGCCCUUUCUGCAUGUACAGCUGUACAAUUAGGUUAUUAUCCAGGAUGGAUGUUCUUUCAGUGCUUUUGUGCAAUGACUCUAUUUUAUUGCGCUCAUUGGCAGACUUACGUCUCAGGCACAUUGCGGUUUGGAAAGAUAGAUGUCACUGAAGCACAAUGUACCAUAAUUGUUAUAUUGAUGAUUUCUGCAGUAUUUGGCCCUAAUGUGUGGUCAACAAAAAUUUUUAGUGAUUCUUUUGAAAUGUGGUAUGCAAUUCCUAUAAGUACAAUAUCAGUUGGUACAGUGACAAUGUACCACCAUGUUAUAACUGUUUUUACUGGUGGAAUUGGCAAGAAUGGAUCCACAGUUGCUGUAUCACUUUUUGGAUUUGAAAUAUAUAUGGCCCACGUGAUGUGUAGUGCAUUCUAUUUAGGCUAUUUCCAAGUAUUUUUAUCUUUUAUCGAAAGUUUAAAAAUCGGAGGGAUUGGAAAAAAUGGAUCCACGAUCGCUGGAACCAGUGUAUUAUCACCAAUAAUACCAUUUUCCAUGGUGCUAGUUCCGGCUUUUAUAAUUUAUAAGAAAUCUACUCAAGAAAUAUAUCAAAAUCAUCCAGCUCUGUACAUCUUGGCAUUCGGGUUUGUUGCAGCCAAAGUCACUAAUCGACUUGUGGUGGCUCAUAUGACAAAAAGCGAGAUGGAUUAUACAGAUUGGGCUCUUAUGGGACCUGCAAUGCUGUUUCUGAAUCAGUACUUCAAUACUUUCAUAAACGAAUAUUAUGUACUAUGGUUAUGUCUAGUAUGGGUUUUGAUUGAUCUACUCAGAUAUUGCACUCAAAUUUGCCUUGAAAUAUGUGACUACCUUCACCUACAGUUAUUCAGGAUACCAUAUCCCGGUGGCCCUACGAGGACUUUUGUUUCUAGUAAGACAACUGCAAUAGAAAAAAAUGGGAGACCAGGAAAGCAAUACCCAUCUGAUGAAGAAGAUGUCUUGCUUCUGUUACCGGAUGGAGAAGUUUAAAUUUCUAAUUUUACUUAUUUAAAAGAUACAACAACCCUAUUUAUUAUGUUUGAACCAUAGUUGUAAAUUAUUUAUAAUAGUAUUAUGAUGUGCUGGUAUUUCUAAUGCAAUUAUGACUAGAUAUCUGCCAGUGAAGUUUUUCUUACUGUACAUAAAUAGUAUCUAUCGCAUUUAUUAAAAAAAAGAAUUUACUGAAAAUAAUUAAUUAGUAUGGUAGAAAUUUGAGGAAGAUUUAUAGGUUAUUGUAUUGCCCAUAUAUUUUUCUAUAAAUUGAAUUAGAGAGAAAUGAACUGAAUAAUAAAGUAUUUUUACAUCGCAAUAAUAUAUUUCGGAAUAUUUUAUACUAAAUAAUGAGUACUAUCAUAUUAACAUUGUGACUUUUGGCUUGUUGUGAAAAUAAGCGAACCAAUAUUAUGCUGUAUCUUUUAAAAUAGUAAUUAAUAUUAUGUUAAUGUUCGAAUGUUAGAUCUUUUUGUAAUAUUUGAGUAUUAAAACUCAAAUUUUAAUAUUUUGGUUAUGCCACUAAGUUAAUAUGGAUGAUAAUGCAUUUUUUAUAAAUUAUUGUAAACAGGAAACACUAUUUAUUGAAUAAAUAUAAAUACUGUAUUGAAA